AUGGUCAUCGAGUGCGUUUGUUGUGAUAGUCGUAUUGAUUCGAAGAAUCGUCGUUCAUUUCAUGGCAUUGCAAUGCGACUUUUUGUUUCUGCACGAAGAAACAUAUGUCUACCAGCAUCAGGUUAUAUAUGUAAUUCUUGUCGUAUGAUUUUUUUAAAAUGGCGUACUAAUUCUGAAUUUGUGAACGUUUUGAAUCACCUUGAAGAGGAAUCAAAUGAAAAUAUAAUCGAUCAUGAUCACAAAAAUGAUAAUGAAAAUUUUGAAUCAGCAACGGAAACAUCAACAGAUGAACCAAUUGAUACAAAUACGGUACUUUUGCCUUUAAACGUUGCCGUUUCAUCACAUCGAUUAGGACUUAGCAAUAAAGUUUUAACAACAAUGUUUAAGUUUUCAAAUCCUAUGGCGGUUUCAAGAACUUUAUCUACUGUUCGCGAAGCAUUAUCAUCAGAAUUUGUUCCACAAUAUCUUGGAUUUCAAAGCAUUUCUCGUCAAGAUGUUAUAAACACUUAUUCUUCUCCAUUAGCUACUAGAUUAUUAUCGGAAGAUAUGAAUACAGUUGUACUCGUUGCUGAUGGUACUUAUUUAUACCUUCAGAAAAGUCGAAAUAACGGAUUUCAACGUCAUACAUACAAUUUACACAAACAUAGAUCUUUAGUGAAACCUAUGUUGAUUACUACUACAACAGGUUACAUACUAGAAGCAUAUGGACCUUAUUUAUCAGAUAGUUCAAACAAUGAUGCAGCAAUGGAAAAAGACAUAUUAAUAAAAAAUAAAAGUGAAAUUUUAAAUUGGAUUCAUGAUCAUGAUAUAAUAGUGGUGGACCGUGGAUUUAGAGACAGUGUCGGAUUAAUGCGAGCCUUAGGUCUUGAUGUAUGCAUGGCCGACUUUUUAAAUGGCCGACAUCGUUUUGACGCAUUAGAGGCAAAUCGAUCCCGUUUUAUAAGUAAGAUUCGAUGGGUGGUUGAAUCUGAAAAUGCCAGAAUAAAACACUUCAAAUGGCUAAACCAAACUAUUCAGAAUUCAACAAUUCCUCAAGUACGUGAUUAUUUACGAAUUGCCUGUGCGCUUGUUAACGCAUAUCGUUCACCAGCUAUUUCUUCAUUUAUGAAUGAUGAUAUAAUUGUUACUAAGAUGUUAGAAAAUCUUCAUGAACUAAAUUUACUUCGUGUACGUAUUAAUGAUGAAAUUCUUCGUUGGGUAGAUGGUGAUGCUUCACAACUUGUUACUUUUUCAGUACUAAGUAUAGAUCAAAUUCGAACAAUAACAGUUGGUACACAAAGCACUACAAAUCAGGAAAAUGAAGAAGAUCGUAAAACAAGACUUGAUCAUGAAGCCCAAAUAAAAGCAACCGAGCGAAACAUUCGAAAUGUUGAAGAAACAGAAGAAGAACACGAGUUAAGAUUAAUUGAAGAAUCAAUUAGCAAGAGAACUCGACGAUGUGUACGUAAUUUAGUGGAAAGUGAAGAAAUGCGUGAAAAUAGACUCGGUAAUGAAGCCGAAAUCAGAACAAUUAACCGACAUGCACGAAAUCUAAAGGAAAGCGAAGAAGAACGCAAAAUCAGACUGAGCAAAGAAGCAGGUAUUGCUGCAAACCGACGACGUAAUCGUGAUUUAGAAGAGGAUGAAGAAAAACGAUCUAUAAGGUUGAAAAGAGAAGCAACACAUAAGACCAAUCAAAGAUUGAUAACAGAUGAAUUAGAAACUCCUGAAGAACGUGAACAACGUUUAAAAUUGAAUAAUGAGUUUGAAUCAAUUAGACGGCACAAACGAUGUCAAAAUGAAACUAAUGAAGAAAGAAAGCGUCGAAAACAACAGAAAAGAAAUGCUGAUAAAAUGCGUCAUAAAAAAGGUACAGAAUCUUCAACUGAAGUAUGGCCAAAAACUGCAACAACUGAAAUAAAACAUCGUUGUCUUAAUGCGUUCAAAGAUGCUAUGUCCAACCACGUAGUGCAUCAAAUUAUUUGUGCGAUAUGUGCAUGCUUACAUUACAAAUCAGAAAGUGUUGAAAUGAAUAUUGCAAAAAUUCCAAAUCAACAUUUAUUAUAUCCAAACGAUGAAAUGCCUUCAUGUGUUAGUCGUAUAAAUAUUGAGAUUGACACAGUCAAUGGCAAUGUUCAGAUGUCAGAGGAAAUUCAAGAACGUCUUAUGAAUACUAAAGAUAGUAGUGUCAUUAUCAAUAAAAUGUUACUUUGCCUGAACGCAAUCGAUUUAACAACCGGAUUUGCAUAUUUAUGUAAUAAAUGUCACAAAUAUUUGUUGAUGAAUAAACUACCUUCUUUAUCAUUAAAUAAUCUAAUGUGGAUUGGUGAUGUUCCUGAAGAGUUGCAAGGUUUAACUUUGCCAGAAGAAAAAUUAAUUGGAUUAUAUCGACACUCAAGCUGUGUUAUUAAAUUAUCUAGUAUUACAGGUGAUCCAUCUUUAGCACAAACAGCACUUAAAGGCAAUGUGAUAACUUUUCCUCAAAAUGUAUCAGACAUUGCAAGAUCCCUUCCGUUAUCACCGAAUACACUACCCGAAAUUAUUAAAAUUAUAUUUGUGGGUCGAACAUUUCCAAAAAAAGACCGAAUACGAUCGAUUCUAACCGUUCGUCGAGAUAUUAUUCGAAAAGCACUUAUCUGGUUGAGCAAAAACAAUAUCUUAUAUAAAGAUGUUUAUAUUGAUGAUUUAUUAAUUGAUACUUUACCAAUAAAUGAUGUGCCUGAUUGUUUAUGGAAUACUAUGUCGUUGGUAGAUGAACAGCAAUCUUGUAAUUUUGAACGAUCUGGCUAUGUGAAGAGUAAUUUAGACUCAGAUGAAGUAUGUUUUACAGAUGUAAUUUCAUUGAAUGCAAGUGGUUUAAUGGAUACAAGUGCUACAGCAAUAUCAUCUAGUGAUAUUCGACAACAUUUAAGACAACGUAUUAAUAUUACUGAAGAAUUGACAAUGUUGAAUGAUAAUAUUUAUCUUGUACCACAUAGUAAAAAUCCAGUAACCGAAUACUUCAACACGUCGUUCUUACCAGGUUUAUAUCCAACUUUAUUUCCAUAUGGAAUGGGUGGGGUUGAAGACGAACGAAGGCUAGUGCGUGUACCAUAUGGAAAACACAUUCGUUAUUUUUUGUCAUUUCAUGAUCAUCGUUUCGAGAUGAAUACUUCAUUUAUAUUCGUUACUUUUAAUAUUUUACAACGACGAACAGCAUGUGCAAAAGCACGUAUACUUGUAUCAAGACCAUAUUUCAGUUCACAAUCUAUUGAAAUUAAUCAAUUGACAGCAGCUGAAGUGAAAAUCGCUCUAAAUCAAAUUGAAUCAAAUACAUUCACUUAUAAUUCAAAUCCACGUUUAUCUGCUUUAUUGAAACAAUUAAAAACUGUUUCUGGCAGUGUAAUGGGAUCAUAUCAAUCACGUGCUAAUUGUCGGGUCCAACUGCAUUCUCAAAUAUUUUUUUCAGGUCUUCCAAAUAUUUUCAUUACUAUUAAUCCUUGUGAUUUACACCAUCCACUCGCAAUGAAAUUUGCCGGUGUAGAUCUUGACAUUGAUAAUUUAAUGGUUCAUCAAAUGCCCAAAUCACAAGACCGUGCAGCGAUCGUUGCGAAACAUCCUGUCGCCAUUGCAAGGUUUUUUAAUAAACUUAUUACAACAGUUUUGUCUACUUUGAUCGGUUAUGACACUAAUAAACAUACGUCAAAUCCAGGUGGUGGUGUAUUAGGUGAAAUCGAUGCUUAUUAUGGUACAGUUGAAGAAUCUGGUCGUGGUGCAUUACACCUGCAUAUGUUACUUUGGCUGACGUUCCGACAUAAUUUGAUCGAGUACUUAGAAGAUAUCAUCAAAGAAGAUCUACGUUCUUUUCAAAAUGAUAUUUCAGAAUCGGAUGUAUCGAACGUUGACAAACACAAUCGAAAUUUAAUAUCAAUAUGUUCUGCAAUACCUUCUCCUAAUGAUCCAAAUUUUGAACAAAUAAAAAAAUUAUUAGUACGAACUUUCGCUUCUGAAAAUCAAAUUCAUCGUCACACCAGUACCUGUUACAAAUAUAUUAAAGGACUAACAAUAGACGAUCCACCCUGCCGUUUACGAUAUCCAAAAGAAAUGUACGAUGAAACAACUAUUGACCUUGAAACUGGAGAAAUUCGAAUGAAACGUGAUCAUCCAAUGAUGAAUAAUUUUAACGAGUGGCUUUUACUUGCUUGUAGAUGUAAUAUGGAUAUAAAAUUCAUCUGGUCAGGUGCUGAUACUAAAGCACUUGUUUAUUAUAUCAGUGAUUAUAUUACAAAAAAAAAUUUAUCUUUUCAUGACACAAAUUCUCUGAUAUAUCAAGCUGUUGAUAAAUUUGAAAAAAAUGCACAAAACAUAAGUUACACAGAUGCAUUAGAUAAAUCACGUCGUCUCAUACUGCGAUGUUUUAAUACAUCAGCAUCGCAGCAAGAAAUUUCAUCUGUCCAAGUCGCGUCGUACCUAAUGGGUUGGCCCGAUCACUACACUUCACACACAUUUGUCAAUAUUCAUUUAAUCGGUAUCGAACGAUACUUAGAACAAUCGCUUACGAAGUUGAAAGAAAAAUCAAAUUCCACCACUAAUGAAUCCUUUAUGAUUGACGAUUUGCGAUUAAAUCUAUUUGAAUCAUUUCAUGAAAACUAUGAACAAGAUGAUGAACAGAAUGAAUCAUUUGAAUUAGAAGCUGGCAUCGAUGAAGAACAUCUUGUACUUUGUAAUAAACGGAUUGAUUAUGCACUGCGAUCAUUACAACUCAGCCAUGUUUGCCUUUAUGAUUUUUAUUCUGAAUAUCGAAAAACGAAGAUAACAACAGCGGAUAAAGUUUUGUUCGAAGUUAAUUCUAUACCGACAUCAGAAGCACGACGCGGACGACCAUUAAAUGAUCGGUGGCUAUUUCAACCUAAUCAUCUACAAUAUUUUUCACAUUUAAUCAUCCGUCGAUCUUUUAAUGUUGUUCCUGUUUUAAUCGGGCCUGCAAUACCUCGCCGUGAUCGUGAAGAUACUGCUGAACGUUAUGCACGAGCUAUUUUAACCUUAUUUUAUCCAUGGAGAAGUCCGUUGAAUGUUUGUGAGUUAGAUCAAACAUGGCGUGAUGCAUUAAAAGUACGUGAAGCCACCUUUACUGCAAGAUCUAACAAAGUGAUAAACAAUAUACAAGUUCUGCAUGAUUGUAAACGAGAUCGGGACUCAGAUCUAAUUCAACUAGUUAAUCAACCGUUACGUUCUCGACCCGUCAAUACUUCAAGUCCGUAUAACGAUGCAGAUAUAGAAGAUGCUGAAGAAAUUCUUGCUCUAUUGGACGAAUCUAAUCAUUUAAAUCCAUCAUCAUUAAAUGAACGAGCAGUUGAAGGUUAG